AUGCUGUCGUAUCAAGACCUAGGUCAGAGGGACACUUUGCAACCUCCCGGCUUGCGGAGUGGAUUUAGCUACCUGUAUCGACAGUCGCUGGUAGCUUCUGAAAGCACAGGCGAUCUGUCGUUUCGCAAUUCGUGCUUCCCUAAGUUAUGCGGAAAGAACGUUCUGCUUCUCAUCGACACCGAGGACGCUGGCGAAGUCAAAGUGCUCGAGGACAAGGUCAGGACGGAUGUGGAAGGAGAUAGAUUAUGCAUACUAUCUCACGCGCCUGGCGUACCGAUCAAACAAGCGUACAAUGAGCAGGGUAUUAAAGUGCUAGCCGAUCGUAUAGAGGCGAUGGUUGAUUUCGUGGGUCAGAAUCGAGAGCUCGUCCAGACUAGAGAUAUCGGAACCAUUGUCAUCGGAGCCAUCCAAGGCUACGUUCGCACCUCGAAAAGGGACGGCUCAGGUGCUGCGUUUGAGAUGGUACUGUUCUACAACGCCACGACUGAGAGAGUAAUCAAAGGUGUGUCGAGAGGUAUUCCCCUACAAGCAGAGUAUCUGAGGGAAGCAAGGGAAGGAAAGACAACCUACGGUGAGGCUCUAGAUUCCGUGUUUUGCGACGCGGCUCGAAAGCGAUUCGGUUGCGACUUCGACAUAGUCAACGAUUGGUGUUGGGCUGUUUGCGGACAAUCGCGGUGUGACCGCCUGCAAGCGGUUGCCCGAGAUCUCGAAUCCAUUCUCGCUUGA